UAGAAUGACGAGAAUAUUCUCGAGGUUCUCUCGUUUCUCCGUCCAGAUCGAGAAUAUUCUUUUUGUAUCACUCGAAGGAAUUUUCUAAUCAGCUGAUUAAACCUGUGUUGUAUUUUUAUUUCCAUUCAGUUUAACGCAAAUUAUGGAAUGGCCACUUCAUGUUUCAGCAAUGUGGACGAAUAUGGAUUCGAGAGACCAUCAGAGUUUGAUUAUCAAACUUAUGAAGAUUUUAUGUCGGAAUAUUUAAAGGUUUUAGCGGAGAGAGCUAAAAAAUGGGCAGAAAUAAUUGGAAGUGGAAAACAUCUUCGACGAACGGCAACAUUAAAACGAUUUGUCCGAAAAGGAAUUCCUGGCGAACACAGAGCAUUGAUUUGGUUGAUUGUAAGUGGAGGCGAAGAAUUAAAGAAUGCAACGCCAGGUUUAUAUCAACAUUUGUUAGACGGUCCACAUAAUUCAGAAAUAUCGGAAAUUAUAAGAACAGAUCUUCCUCGAACUUUUCCCGACAACAUUUUCUUCAAUAACACAAAAGCCUAUCAACUUCAACUUUAUAAUAUUUUACUCGCUUUUGCUCAUCAAAACAAAGACGUUGGUUACUGCCAAGGACUGAAUUACAUAGCAGGAUUAUUAUUUCUAGUGACGAAAAAUGAAGAAACCGCUUUUUGGCUUCUAAAAGCUUUGAUCGAAAAUAUUCUACCUGAUUAUUAUACUCCAACUAUGGACGGUUUAUUAACGGACAUUGAUGUCUUAGAAGAAUUAGUCAGAAUUAAAAUGCCAGAUGUGCAUCGGCAUAUUACUGAUUUGGGUUUACCCUGGGCUGUGAUCGCCACAAAAUGGUUCAUCUGUUUAUUUGCCGAAGUUCUGCCAAUCGAGACAACUCUGAGAAUUUGGGACUGCCUGUUUUACGAAGGUAGCAAAAUUAUAUUUAGAGUCGCCUUAACAUUGAUAAAGAGAAAUAAAGAGAAUUUAUUAGCCUGUCAAGAUUUUGCAGUAUUAGCCGGUUGUUUUAAGGAAAUUACAAAAGACAGUAUCGUCCUACAUUGCCAUGACUUUAUGCAGAGCAUUUUCAAGGAGCCUGGAUCUCUACCUCGCAGGGCAAUUACUAAGUUAAGAACAAGAACCACCGAAAGGCGAAUCGUUCUCAAAAAAGCGAGAUUAAGUAGAUAAUAUUUGUAUAAAAAAAAUCUACAAAUCCACCGAAUCAUGUUUUUAUCAUAUCUAGUCAUUGUUCGUGUAUUUACACAUAAAAAUUUUAAUAUAUUUUUUUAAUAUUGUUCAAAUGGACAAUAUUAAAAAAAAUCAAAUUGGUGCAGCUUUGCCUAAAAUAUUAUACUGUAUACUUUUUUUUUGUAAAGAAAAAAAGAGGAGUCAAUUACUAUAUACGUAAAAGAAAAAUGAAUCCACUAUUUAGCUGAAUCUUUCGUCAAUUUUCAUGAAAUGACGAUUACAAUUUUUAAUAAUAUUCAUUGUCACUAAUCGGAGUGGAAUUAAAAAGAAACUGACGAAAAAAGGGAGCCAUAGAAUAAAUUAAAAUAGGUUUUGUUUUUGGGUUUUUUUUUGGGCUAAAAAAUAGGAUUGGGGUUUCAAAAAGUAAUUAAUUUGUUGUGAGUGUAAUAUUUCAAGUUUUCUGUUGAAAUAUGAAAAUUUUACAAAAGUUA